AACAUAUGACAAUACACACUGGUGAGAAGAAUUAUAAAUUUGAAGUGUGUGAUAAAGCAUUUUCUCAACAGAGUGGUCUUAUCAUACAUAUGACAACACACACUGGCGAGAAGAAUUAUAUAUGUGAAGUGUGUGAUAAAGUGUUUUCUACAGGAAGUAGUCUUAUUAGACAUAUGACAAUACACACUGGUGAGAAGAAUCAUAAGUGUGAACUGUGUAACAAAGCGUUUUCUACACGAAGAAAACUUUUGAUACAUGUGACAACACAUACUGGCGAAAAGAAUCAUAAAUGUGAAGUGUGUGAUAAGGCAUUUUCUGCAAGAAGUAAUCUUAUAAGACAUAUGACAAUACACACUGGCAAGACAAAUCAUAAGUGUGAAGUGUGUGAUAAAAUGUUUUUAUGGCAAAGUUCUUUACAGACACAUAUAAGCAUACACAAUAGUGAGAAUAAAUUAAUAAAUGAUGCUGUGACACAUAUGUAAAAACAUGCUGGCAAGAGGAAAACAUAGAUUAUCAUGUGAUGUUUGUGAUUAAGCUUUUAUAAACCAGGUUCUUUAAACAAACAUAUGACAUUUCACUGGUGAUAAAAACAUGUAUUCGAAGUGGUAACUUAUCAUUUUUUAAAUCACACAUGUGUUGAAUAAGCAUAUUUGUAAUGAUUGAUCACACUUUUUAAGCAGGGAUUUCUAUUAAUAUGAUUUACUUUUUGUUUGAUUGAAAGAAUAAGAUGUUUGUUUGGUUUUAUCAGUUUGAACAAGUAAAAAUUUUUUUU